AUGGAGAGGCAGAGACGGAAGGCGGACAUCGAGAAGGGGCUGCAGUUCAUCCAGUCGACACUCCCCCUAAAGCAAGAAGAAUAUGAGGCCUUUUUGCUCAAGCUGGUGCAGAACCUGCUGGCGGAGGGCAACGACCUGUUCCGGGAGAAGGACCACAAGCAGGCGCUGGGGCAGUACAUGGAGGGGCUGAACGUGGCCGACUACGCCGCCUCCGACCAGGUGCACCUGCCCCGGGAGCUGCUGUGCAAGCUGCACGUCAACAGGGCCGCCUGCUACUUCACCAUGGGCCUGUACGAGAAGGCGCUGGAGGACAGCGAGAAGGCGCUGAGGCUGGACGGCGAGAACAUCCGGGCGCUGUUCCGCAAGGCGCGCACCCUCAACGAGCUGGGCCGCCACAAGGAGGCCUACGAGUGCAGCAGCCGCUGCUCGCUGGCCCUGCCCCACGAUGAAAGCGUCACGCAGCUGGGCCAGGAGCUGGCUCAGAAGCUGGGGCUGCGAGUCCGGAAGGCGUACAAGAGGCCCCAGGAACUGGAGACCUUCUCUCUGCUCAGUAACGGCACUGCGGCUGGUGUGGCAGACCAGGGAAUCUCCAACGGCCUGGGCUCCAUCGACGACAUCGAGACAGACUGCUACGUGGACCUGCGAGGCUCCCCGGCCCUCCUCCCCGCGCCCCCCACGAUGCCCCUGUUCCCCCACGUGCUGGACCUGCUGGCGCCCCUGGACAGCAGCAGCAGCAGGGCGCUGCCCAGCUCCGAGGGCCUGGACGACCUGUCCGACGGGGACGUCUUUGGUCCGGAGCUGGACACCCUCCUGGACUCCCUGUCCCUGGUCCAGGGCGGCCUGCCUGGCAGCGGCGUGCCCAGCGAGUUGCCCCAGCUGAUCCCCGUGUUCCCCGGCGGGACCCCGCUGCUGCCCCCGGUGGUGGGCGGGUCCAUCCCCGUCUCCAGCCCCCUGCCCCCCGCCUCCUUCGGCCUCGUCAUGGACCCCGCCAAGAAGCUGGCCGCUUCGGUGCUGGACGCCCUGGACCCCCCGGGCUCCGCGCUGGACUCCCUGGACCUGCUGCCCUACUCAGAGACCCGCCUGGACGCCCUGGACAGCUUCGGCUCCGCCCGGGGCGCCCUGGACAAGCCCGGCGCCUUCCUGGAGGACACCGGCUCCCAGGACCCGCGCCCCCCCAGCGGCUCUCAGAAGCCGGCCCCCUCGCCAGAGCCCUCCAUGCCCAACACCGCCUUGCUCAUCAAGAACCCCUUGGCCGCCACCCACGAGUUCAAGCAGGCCUGCCAGCUCUGCUACCCCAAAACAGGCCCCAGGGCCGGCGACUACACCUACCGCGAGGGCCUGGAGCACAAGUGCAAGCGGGACAUCCUGCUCGGCCGGCUCCGGAGCUCCGAGGACCAGACCUGGAAGCGGAUCCGGCCUCGGCCCACCAAGACCAGCUUCGUGGGCUCCUACUACCUGUGCAAAGACAUGAUUAACAAGCAGGACUGUAAGUACGGGGAUAACUGCACCUUCGCCUACCAUCAGGAGGAGAUCGACGUGUGGACCGAGGAGCGGAAGGGCACCCUGAACCGCGACCUGCUCUUCGACCCGCUGGGGGGCGUCAAGCGCGGCAGCCUCACCAUCGCCAAGCUCCUCAAGGAGCACCAGGGCAUCUUCACCUUCCUCUGCGAGAUCUGCUUUGACAGCAAACCCCGGAUCAUCAGCAAAGGCACAAAGGACUCUCCGGCUGUCUGCUCCAACCUGGCCGCCAAGCACAGCUUUUACAACAACAAGUGCCUGGUGCACAUCGUCCGCUCCACCUCCCUCAAGUACUCCAAGGUCCGCCAGUUCCAGGAGCACUUCCAGUUCGACGUGUGCCGCCACGAGGUGCGCUACGGCUGCCUGCGGGAGGACAGCUGCCACUUCGCCCACAGCUUCAUCGAGCUCAAAGUCUGGCUGCUGCAGCAGUACUCAGGCAUGACCCACGAAGACAUCGUCCAGGAAUCCAAGAAGUACUGGCAGCAGAUGGAGGCGCACGCCGGGAAGGCCAGCAGCGGCCUGGGUGCCCCGCGGACACACGGGCCCAGCACCUUUGACCUGCAGAUGAAGUUCGUGUGUGGCCAGUGCUGGAGGAACGGGCAGGUGGUGGAGCCUGACAAAGACCUCAAGUACUGCAGCGCCAAGGCCCGGCACUGCUGGACCAAGGAGCGGCGGGUCCUGCUGGUGAUGUCCAAGGCCAAGAGGAAGUGGGUGUCAGUGAGGCCACUGCCGUCCAUUCGCAACUUCCCACAGCAAUACGACCUCUGCAUCCACGCGCAGAACGGCCGCAAGUGCCAGUACGUGGGGAACUGCUCCUUCGCGCACAGCCCCGAGGAGCGGGACAUGUGGACGUUCAUGAAGGAGAACAAGAUCCUGGACAUGCAGCAGACCUACGACAUGUGGCUGAAGAAGCACAACCCGGGGAAGCCGGGGGAAGGGACCCCCCUCGGCGCCCGGGAAGGGGAGAAGCAGAUCCAGAUGCCCACGGACUACGCCGACAUCAUGAUGGGCUACCACUGCUGGCUCUGCGGCAAGAACAGCAACAGCAAGAAGCAGUGGCAGCAGCACAUCCAGUCCGAGAAGCACAAGGAGAAGGUCUUCACGUCCGACAGCGAUGCCAGCGGCUGGGCCUACCGCUUCCCCAUGGGCGAGUUCCGGCUGUGCGACAGGCUCCAGAAGGGGAAGGCCUGCCCGGACGGGGACAAGUGCCGCUGCGCCCACGGCCAGGAGGAGCUCAGCGAGUGGCUGGACCGGCGCGAGGUGCUGAAGCAGAAGCUGGCCAAGGCCCGCAAGGACAUGCUGCUGUGCCCGCGGGACGACGACUUCGGCAAAUACAACUUCCUGCUGCAGGAGGACGGCGCCGCGGGCGCCACGCCCGGAGUCCCCGCUGCCCCCGCCGCCCCCGCCGCCGCCGCCCCCGCCGCCGCCGCGGGCCCCGGGGAGUAG